CGGGGCUCCGUAACUUCACACAGACAUACAGCUUUAGAAAACUGCCACUGUGCAGUCCUGCUAGUACAUAAAUGAAAUGUAUGUGUGUUUUCUUCCAAUCUAUACAAUGGAAACUAUAGAUUUUUAAAUUUUCCUCCCCAGCUUUUCGCUCUGACUGUACACGAGUAUUUCACAGCGACUUCCUUGCACUUCUGGAUUUUUCCAGUAAUCAGACUGGUUUGGCGUAGAGCGCCACUGUGCGCUGUGCCCUCUGCUGGCGGAACCAGGGAACAGCCUGAAUCUCCUUCUCAUUCACUUCCCCAUCAGAUUUGCCAACAGGGAAGUACGAAGAGAGGCUUUGUUUACAGUUUACAGAGCUUUUCUGUUGAUUAACAGUGCAAAUAUGAGCGAUAUUAAACGCAACGAAGCAUCUGCGGUCAGUGCGGGUGAUGAGAACGGAGCAGAGAAGGACUGGGCAGCGGCCAAAGCUUUUUAUGACAGUCUAAAGACUAAAAAACCGAGACCUCCCAAACCCAGCACUGCAGUGACCAUCGCGGUGUCCUCGCGCACCCUGUUUAACAUGGUAGACGAGAGGAGGGUGUGGGAGCAGGAAGGGCUCGAGAGGUAUGUGUCUUACCAGCAGGAGCACGAGGAGGAACCUCUGAAGCCUGGAGCAGCUUUUCCUUUCGUCAAGGCUCUGAUGAAGGUGAACUCUCGGCUCAGGACUCUGUACCCCGACAGUGAGGAGCUGUUUGAUAUCGUUCUGAUGACCAACAACCAUGCGCAGGUGGGGGUCCGGCUCAUCAACAGCAUUAAUCACUAUGAUCUGCUGAUAGAGCGCUUCUGUAUGACGGGGGGAAAAAGCCCGAUCGGUUACCUGAAGGCCUACAUGACCAACCUGUACCUGUCCAAGGACUCGGACAAAGUGCAGGAGGCCAUCGAAGCAGGCAUCGCUGCAGCCACCAUGUUCACUCCGGACGUGGAGACGGAGCUGAGCGAGACCCAGUUGCGCGUGGCCUUCGAUGGAGACGCUGUGCUCUUCUCAGACGAGUCCGAGAUCAUCGUCAAGGAGCACGGCCUUGACAUGUUCUUCGAUCACGAGAGGCAGAACGAGAACAAACCACUUGCUCAGGGUCCACUGAAGUGUUUCCUGGAGGCUUUGGGGAAGCUCCAGAAGAAGUUUUAUGCUAAGAAUGAGCGUCUGAACUGCCCAAUCAGGACAUACCUAGUGACGGCACGUAGCGCGGCAAGUUCGGGGGUGCGAGUGCUAAAGACCCUGAGGAGCUGGGGGCUGGAGAUUGACGAGGCUCUGUUCCUCGCCGGAGCUCCGAAAGGACCUCUACUGCAGAAGAUACGUCCACACAUCUUCUUCGACGACCAGAUGUUUCACAUUGAGGGAGCAAAGGAGCUGGGCACCAUCGCGGCCCACGUACCUUAUGGGAUAGGGCAGAAAUACCACAAAGGCAAACUGAUCGAGCAGCCGGCCAAGCAGAGCUGAGAGAUACGGUACAAAGGGGUCAUAUACGCAAAUCACAAGCACUUAUUAAAGUAGGAGUUUAAUUAUGACAUGACUGUUUAGCACAUGACACACACUGUAUGAGUAUAUAUAGCCUGUAUAUGUGAACACUGCACAACAUGCGUUUGAGGACACCAUUCCUUUUUUAGGAUUUAGCUCAGUGAUCAUAAGGCAGCUGCGUGCUAAUGCUCUGGGUAGUUUUAAUCAGGGGGGGUGAUUGGCUAAAGCUCUUUUGGUCCAAAAGGUGGUUUAAAAACCUGUAGGGUUCAAGUUCUGACAUCAUAACAAGGGGAUAAAGUGGGCGUGGCCUAUGGCUUUCUCAAACUAGUACUGCCACUAUUGUUGGCACUUAUAUUUAGAUGUAUGAUAUAGUUUAACUGUAAAUUAACCAUGAAUAGGCUUUAAUUUGGCCACUGACAAAGAAAACAUCGUCAGCACUAAAGUGGUGUCUCCAAACUUUUGAUGAGCAGUGUUCAUCAAAAUUUUCUCCGCAGAACUUCAGCAAACAGAACUGUAUAAUCUGAUGUUCUGUUUGUUUACGUUCUGUAUCAUUUGUAUUGGGUUAUUAUAAAGUUAUUAAAAAUUUUCUGAUUUUUUUAACAGGACUUUUAUAAACAGUAUAAACUGGGAUGCACUUUUUUCAUAGGAAGUAACAGGAAUUGUAAUUUUUUAGGAAGGGCAAAAGUAUUUUAUAUCUAUAUUUUAUAUUUAAUCACUUUUGUGAACUGUGGGGACAGUUCAGAGUUUAGAUCUUUUUACGUUUGGGUCUGUUUUUCUCUAUAAAAGCCUGUGUUAGCAGUUAUGACUGUGAUGUCAUUAGGAGAUCAGUACUCUCAUUAUCAUCAGUUUAGGUUGUAGAGUUAAAACAGGGUUUACAGAAGCAGUUUAGCGCACAGACGUUGUUUACACUUUAACUCCGGACUUCUUUUCAGUCCAAACCAGCACUGAAGACUCACUCAACAGAUCUGUAAUUCUGUAUUAAUCUGUUUUAGUUGAUUAUUAAACAGUGCAUUCCUGUUAUUGUCGUUUUACAGAUCCAUCUGUCUUCAUUACAGAUUUUAAUGUGAACAAACUGAAACUGAUCAAAACACUAAAAUUAGGGUCAAUAUUGGUGGCAGAACUGAACUGGUUUGUAUUCUGUGUCAUUCUAGCUCCCUUUUUAUAUCUUUAUAAAUAUGUAUGAAUGUGAAUUUGUAAUGCUCUUUUUAGUGCUCUUGUGUUUGUGCUGUAUAUUUCCAGAAUAAACCCUACAGUUAAUUCCA